AUGGGUGAGCCAAUCCGCGACAAACCUCUGCACGGGGAUCAGAUCCCCGCCGCGCACCUCCAGCCGCCGAUCGCCGUUGUGGGGAUGGGAUGCCGUCUGCCUGGCAACAGCAACUCACCACAAGCCCUCUGGCAGUUCAUCUCCAACGGCUCAGUCGCCGACAACGUGCCUCCGACGAGUCGCUUCCGUUACGCGACGCACUAUGACGGCUCCGGACGCGCGGGAACGACGCCGUCCCCGGGUGCCAUGUUCCUCGGGGACGAGAUCGACAUCGCGGCCUUCGACGCGGCCUUUUUCAACACGAGCCACCAUGAGGCCGGGAGCAUAGACCCUCAACAGCGACAGCUUUUAGAGGUCAUGUACGAAUGCCUCGAGAAUAGCGGCGAGACCCUCGAAAGAAUCCGAGGCGCCAACGUUGGUUGCCUCGUCGCCAACAAUGGCUGCGCUAACUCAAACAGCAUCGCUAUUGAUACCGCCUGCUCUGGAACUCUGGUCGCCGUCGACAUGGCUUGUCGGUACCUCCAGUUUCAGCAGGCAGAUGCGAUGAUUGUAGCGGGUGCUUUGCUGUACCUCGACCCAUCAGCACAGCAAGACCGCGGUCCCAUGCACGGCGCGCUUUCCACGUCCGGCAGAUGCCACACCUUUGACGCCAGAGCCGAUGGCUACAUGAGGGCCGAAGGCGUCAACGCCGUGUACCUGAAGCGCCUCGACGAUGCGAUCCGCGACGGAGAUCCCAUCCGCGCCGUCAUUCGCGGCAGUGCCACGACGGGCGACGGCCGAACGCCAAGCCUCACACAGCCCAACCCGGAAGCGCAGGCAAACGCGAUACGUGCCGCCUACAGGAACGCGGGCAUCACCGACUUCAGCGCGACCGGCUAUGUGGAGUGUCACGGCACGGGCACUCUGGCGGGCGAUCCGCUCGAGAUCACCGGUCUCGCUUCGGCCUUUGCGUCAACGCGUCCUGUUGACCAGCCGCUGAUCAUCGGGUCUAUCAAGAGCAACAUUGGGCACUCUGAAUGUGCGGCAGGGUUGUCUGGACUCAUCAAGGCGGUCAUGGCUGUUGAGCGCGGCGUCAUUCCCGGAAACCCGACGUUCAUCACGCCGAAUCCCAAUAUUGAUUUUGAAGGAUCGGGAGUCCGAGCGUCCCGCACAGCCAUGCAAUGGCCGAGCUAUGCGGCCCUGCCACGCCGUGCCAGUGUUAACUCCUUUGGAUUUGGUGGAUCGAACGCGCAUGUUGUUCUUGAAGCAGCGGAAACUUUCAUGCAAGAUGAGGGCUACCGCAAGACGUUCAAGACGUUGCAGGACCAACACAAACCAUACACGAGCAAUCAGAACGUGUCAUGGAAAGACAGACUCCGUCUCUUGACGUUCUCGGCAAAUGACAGGGAAACGUUGCCGAGCAAUGUAAGGGUCGUCUCGGACUAUUUGAGGGAUCCAUGCGUCAAUGCCCAGGCCGACGAUGUCGCGUAUACACUCUCUGAUCGUCGAACGCACCACUUUCAUCGCGGUUUUGUCGUUGCCGAUUCACUGGAUUUCGAUCCCAGUAAAAUCAUCAUCGGCAAGCGAAAGGCGCAACCCCCUCGCAUCGGCUUCGUGUUCACCGGGCAAGGUGCCCAAUGGCCUCAGAUGGGCAAGAGCCUGAUCGAGAACAUACCUCUGGCACGCAGCGUCGUUGAUGAGCUCGACUCGGCUCUGCAGACAUUACCGAAUGCUCCCCAAUGGACAUUGCUGGCUGAGCUGACCGAAAUGAGAGAUAAAGCGACGCUUCGUUGCCCGGAAUUCUCUCAGCCUCUGGUCACCGCUUUGCAACUCGCCCUGCUUGCUGUUUUGCAAGACUGGGGCAUCGUGGGUCACAAGGUUCUGGGCCAUUCAUCUGGUGAGAUUGCUGCCGCCGUUGCCGCCAAUCUCAUCACACCUGCGGAAGCAAUCAAGACCGCCUACCUCCGUGGGCAAGCUGCAAAGAGGCAGUCUUCUGACGGGAAUCUGGGAAUGAUGGCGGCAGGCGUCUCUGCGUCAGAUAUCGAGAAAUAUUUGAGAUCUGACGUCUCCGUUGCUUGCUUCAACAGUCCCACGAGUCUGACAUUGUCUGGCCCCGUAUCCACUCUCGAAUCCAUUCGCGAAGACUUUCAGAAUGACGGGCAUUUUGCGCGUCUACUCCAGGUCGAUCUGGCCUAUCACUCCCCCUUCAUGCGUGAAAUUGCCAACGAUUAUCACAAGAUGCUCCAGGAGCACUGCCCUCCAUCUGGCAAGCAUCUGAGAGGCAACUCCAUGCUCUCCUCUGUUACGGGACACGCCAUGUCCUCGCUCGGCCCCUCUGGGGCGCUGGCCGGUCCCUUGUCGCAAAUAAUCAAGUCUCUGCCCGGUGGUGGGAAGAACAUCCAGUAUGCUGCGGCCGCAAGUCGAGGAUCAGAGACCCUGGCUGCUCUUUUCGAAGUAGCAGGUAAGGUCUGGGCGAGGGGCGGCCCUAUCAAGCUGGCCAAGGUCAAUGCGUAUGACCGCCCUUCCGUCCUUGUUGAUCUACCAAACUAUCAAUGGAAUCACUCCAGGCGGUACUGGCGAGAAGGACUCUCGACGGAGGAGUACCGCCAACGGCCGUUCAUAUCACACGAGCUCCUCGGGUCCAAAGUUCUUUCCACGAGUUGGCAGUUUCCCACCUGGACCAAAGUCAUUCAUCUGUCGGAUUUGCCGUGGCUAAGGGACCAUCGCAUCAACGGUGAAGUCAUCUUCCCAACUGGAGCAUAUGUUGCCAUGGCGGUUGAGGCCAUCCGCCAGUCCAGUAUCAUGGCCAGAUGCUCAGGCGGUGCGCAGCCCACUUCUUUUACCUACAGGAUGAAGAACAUAAAUGUUCUCGAACGUCUCGUUCUCGAUGAAGCGGAAGGCUCAAGAACAAGGUCGAUUCUCUCUCCAGUUCAUGAUUCGGCAGAGCAGUGGCAUACUUUCACUAUCCAGUCCUACGAUGAGAUGGCUUGGGUUACGAAUUGCAUCGGGUACAUCAGAGUUGAUGAAACGGUCGCAGACGGGCCUUCAUUCCCGGCUGAGACUGUGCCAUUGCGCUAUUCUGAGUCCGGGGGAAGAUGCUACAAAAGAAUGGCCGCUUUGGGGUGCGACUAUGGCCCUCAUUUCCAACUGAUCAAACGAUUCCAAGCUGCUCCAAAUGAGAAGUGUAGUCGAGGGGUGCUGGAAACCGAGUCGCCAGAGCACCAUUCAUCAUACUCCAUUCAUCCAGUGACCAUUGAUGGGUUCCUCCAACUUUGUGGUCUCUCCCUACAACAGAGCUUGACGACGGCUGGGGAGAGCGUCAGCAUGGUGCCCAACCGUAUCGGAAGUCUCACAAUACCAGCAAACGAGCUUAUCGAAUCGACAUGUAUUGGGUCUGUCCUCCCUCAGUACAUUGGCUAUGGAUCAGAAAGCUCAAGAGCCAAUCUUACCGUGUCUGGAAAACUGAUUCAUCCGAAAAGCGGCCGCCCACUUCUCGAUAUGAGCGGCGUGUUCUUUGACGUUUUCACGCCCAAGGAGGACUGCUUCACAAAACACACAUAUACUCGCUAUAAAUGGGACAUCGACAUAUCAUUGGCGACCGCGGAAGGCCUAAAUAACAUGCUGUUGAGCCAGAACCCUUCUCCAACCUCUGAAGACGCAUUGCAGAGACUCUUUGAUCUCAUAAGCCACCAAACGCCCGAUGCCUCAAUCAUCGAGGUCAACAUGGACGACCAAAGCUCAUCAUGCAAAUGGCUCGGGACUCAUCCAAACAGGCCUCAUGCCAAGUACACCCGCUUUGCAGGCAGCGAGGCUGUGCUAGCUAUGAUGCAGGGUAGAUACGCCAACUGUGCCGAUACAGAGUUUCAGAUCCUUGAGGCCCUGAACCGCAGCGAUGCUCUCCGAGCGAAGAAUGACUUUGCUAUUCUGACAGUCGGUGAAUGGGUUGCAGAGGACAAAGCCAUGCCCCUGCUUGCAAAAAUUCUGUCAACGCUAAAAGAAGACGGCCAGCUGCUAGUUACUGAUCUUGAUCAGGCCACUGAAGCCAGAGUGAAGAAGGCUCUGAGAGAAGCUGGUUGCUCCUGCAUCAAAGAUCUGGCGCCGGCACUAUCUCGUGGAGCCACUCUUGCUUCAUCGAAGCAGGCUGAGGGGUUCCUCAACCAAACAGACAUUACUUGCUUGCACCUUGCCGCAGGAGAAACCCACACAGGGAGGAUCCUGGCUGGGCUUCAGAGUUCUGGAUGGAACGUACGAUCCAUAACCUCGACUGAAACAAUUCGACAACGAACCCAUGUUCUAAUUCUGGACGAACUAUACACUUCUGUCACUGCAACGAUUUCUUAUCAACAACUUUUGAUGAUUCAAGAACUCAUAAAGAAAGAGUGCAAUAUCCUUUGGGUCACAACUGGGGCACAGAUGAACAUCACCAACCCAGAUCGAGCUGCCACAACGGGCUUCCUGCGGACACUCAGGAUGGAAGAAGUCCACCUACGCAUCAUAGCUUUGGAUGUCGAAUAUCCUGGAGGCAACAAGACCAUUCCUGCUAUUGAGACAUGUCUUAGGUUACUGGUCAACGCAGAGGGCAAAUUUAGGCGGGAAAGCGAAUUCGCUGAGCAACAAGGCCUGAUCCACACACCUCGGCUCUUGGUCGACGACGAGUUUGAGGUGGCGAAGUUCGACCAUUUGAGAGGUAGACAGCCUGAGAUGCUGAAUGUGCAAGGCGACACGUGCCUGCGGCUGCAAAUGGACGUGGGUUCGAGCACGUCACUGUGCAGAGAGGUGAAAUUGCCAUCGAUCCUGCAACAAGACCACGUAGAGGUGGAAAUCUUUGCCACGGAGUUACCACCGCGAUUACAAUGCCUACAAUAUACAGCGUGGUCAGGGGCAGCGGGGACCAUCACGGCGCUUGGAAGCAAAGUAAUUGGCUUGGAGGUUGGGCAGCGAGUAGCCUUCAGUCAUGAUGGCUAUAUGCUGAACCGAGUAUACGUUGGAAUUUCUAACGAAGAUGGACGUACCUUACUGCAGAAUGAGGUCCCGAUACCACCCAACCGAAUCAUGGUAUUGAAUCGAGAAGAUACAAGUGGCGACCGCAUUCGAUUGGCUGGAGAAGUCCUGUUUGACGUUGCUUUAGGCUCCUUCUCGGAUAUCCAUCUAGCUAUGGUGUGGAGGCAUGUAGCUGAAGAUGGUACGCUUGUCUUGACCGAGCAGACCGAGGACUCGACGCAAGUCAACCUUUCAUUGGAGCCUUUCACACGAGGGGCCUCUUUCAAAGUCCUGAACCCUCAAAAUAUACGAAAGGAUACCCUCAUCUGCAAUCAGUUAUUAACAGAAACACUCGGGCUCUUGAGCGUCGGCAGUAGCCUAUCAUCACUCUCGCUGAAAGUAUUUGGUUAUGAUCAAAUUGAAAACGCCGUACAAUGGAUGAAAGCCAACAAAUUCGCGCAGGCGAUGCUAUGUCGCAUUUGGGGCCAGGAUGUUAUGAUUCAAAUACAGCCAGAACCCCGGACAAUCAAAUUCGAGGAACAUGCAUGCUACCUCCUAAUUGGCGGCCUCAGGGGCCUUUGUGGAAGCAUUGCUAUUGAUUGGGCGAGGCGCGGAGCGAAGCAUCUUGCCGUAAUGUCGCGCAGCGGCUACGAUGACGAGACCUCGCAAAGGGUCUUGCGAGAGAUCGAGGGUAUGGGCUGCCAUAUCGAUCUUUUGCAAGGGGAUAUAACCAUACUGGAUGAUGUCCGGCGGGCCCUCUCUGAAACGAGUGUUCCAAUUCGUGGUAUCUUGCAAGGUUCUAUGGUCCUUCGAGACCGACCUUUUCCGGCCAUGACUAUCGAAGAGUUUCACCAAGCAGCAGGAUGCAAAAUCACGGGGACCUGGAACAUUCACAACGCAUCACAAGACUUGGGCCUCGAUCUGGACUUCUUUACCCUGCUCUCAAGCAUUGCUAGCGUUCUGGGAGGGAUGGCACAAGCCAACUACGCUGCAGGUUGCUCUUUCCUUGAUGCGUUUGCUGCCUACCGCCACGGCCUCGGUCUUCCAACGUUCAGCGUCAACCUUGGCAUCAUCGGUGAGGUAGGCUACAUGUCGCGGGAUGAGGCAUUGCUCGAAAGGCAUAUCGGAUCCGUCACAACCAGUAUCAACGAAGACUUGAUGAGACAAAUCAUACGAUACACUGUUCUCCAGCAGAGCAAAAAACCGAUCAGCCACUCGGCCACGUCAAACAUUGUGACAGGUAUCGCGGUACCGCAGUCUGGCGACUCCUACCUUCGAUUGGACAAGCGGUUUUCGCACCUCUUCAUAGGUGGCGACGCUCAGCUUCGGGGAGCCGAAGACAGCGAGACAAGGGAUAACGCCCGUCAGACAAGAGAGCUCAGGGCCCUGCUUGCGACGCAACCAACAACAGCAGAUCGUGGGGUGGCGUUGGAACUCGCCAUUGCGGUGGUUAGCGAUUACAUUGCGCACGCAAUGCACUUGAGCGAGCCUGUCGAGCCAGAACGAUCACUAGCUAUGUAUGGAAUCGAUUCAUUGGCGGCUGUGGCUUUCAGAAAUUGGGCGAGAAUGGAGCUGGGCGCUGGAUUGUCCACAGGGGAUGUCACAAUGGCGCCGUCGCUGGUAGCGCUUUGUGAGAGUAUAGUAGACGGCUCCAAGGAGUAA